AUGGCUCCCGAGGAGCUCGCCAGCUCGGCUGACUACGAUUACCCACCAGUGACCACCGUGAUGGAGAACCAGGAGGUCUCCUCUGGCUGGGAGGUCUUCUUCACCUCCGUCUUCAUCCCCGUCCUUUACUCCUUCAUCUUCCUCCUUGGCCUCACGGGGAACCUCUUCGUCAUUGUGCUGAUGGCCAAGAAGAGUGGGGGCAAGAGGAUGGUGGACACCUUUGUGCUGAACCUGGCGGUGGCUGAUGUCAUCUUCGUCUGCACCUUGCCCUUCUGGGUGGUGGCAGGGGCGCAGGGGAACCGUUGGCUGCUCGGCGAAGGGCUCUGCAAGGUGAGCAGCUACGCCAUCGCCGUCAACCGCUGCUCCAGCAUCCUCUUCCUCACCGCCCUCAGCGUGGAGCGCUACCUGGUCAUCAGGAAGGUGCUGGACACCAAGAUGAUGGGUUCCCGGAGGCAUGUCCACGUCACCUGCAGCAUCAUCUGGGCAGCGUCCCUCCUCCUGGGCGCCCCAUCCCUGGCGUACCGGCGGCUGGACGGGGACGACUGCUGGGAUGAAGAUGGAGAAGACUUCAGCCUGGCCAUGGUCUUCCUCACCUUCCUCCUGCCCUUGGGGGUCAUCUCCUUCUGCUACUGCUCCAUCUACUGCCGGCUCCAGCGCCACGUCCGGCUGGGCAGGGGUGUCCGGCGUUCCCACCGUGCCAUCGUCACCAUCGUCGCAGCCUUCCUCUGCUCCUGGUUACCCCUCAACGCCUGCAAGGUGUUGCUCUUCUUCCUCGCCAAGGGGACGCUGGUCCUGUCCCAGGGGCAGGAGGUGGCCCUGAG